CUGUAUUUAGAUUAAUUAACAUAAUACAAUUCUACUCACCUUGAUCUACAUGUACCCUGCCCACCCAAUUUUGCAGUUUUUGCACUUUUAAGUUUAAAGCACUAAUGGAAGGUGGAGGAAGAGAAGGAGAACAGCUCCAUUUUCUCAUUGAGAAGCUAUUAUCUCUAUCCCCAAGCUCAAGGAACGAGAAGAAUCUACUACAAAAACUAUGCCUCGUGUUCCUAAGUGUUGAAGGAGAGAAACCAGGUGCUCCUGGAGGAGACAGCAGGCAUCUUACAUGUCUUAGCAAAUGGACUGAUUAUCCCCCGUUAAACGUAGAGCUUGAGAAAGAGGAGAGUGUAAGGAGGAAGAUUUCUCAAUGGAAGACACGGUUUUGGACAGUUUUUGAAUUAGUAAGAGAAGACGAUAAGCUCUUGUGUACUCUUUUGAAAGAGAAAUGGAAAGAGGGUGUGGUUAGACUGAUAUCAAAUCUUAAAGAGCCAAGAAAGGACUCCGAGAGUACUUUUGAAGUGCUUAGCAUUGGUUUUUGUAUCGUAGAACUUUGCCAAGAACGUAGCACUAGUGAGAAUUUUAUUAAUUGGUCCUGCUCUGAAAGUCUCGUACCAUUUUUGAAGAAAAUGACAGAAGAAUGGCUGCCAUGGUUAAGACCAUUUCCAGAGAAGCACAGACAUCAGACUGCUGUCAGUAUAUCUCAAUGGCUAAAUACACUAGCUCAUUUCAUUGUGAGGAACAACCAGAGAAAUGAUCCCCCGAGACUCAUUAAUGUGCUAACGGUUUUAGAGAAACACAUUCAAGCAAUAAUGGAAGCUGUUACUAAGUCCAAGGACAUAUUGUACUAUUACAAGAUAUUUAAUAGUUUGGAUUCCAUUCAAAAAUCAAUUAGUGAUUUGUAUUACCUGCCCAUACGAAGUAACGAGAAGUUGUCUCUCCUGCAAUUAGGUGAGUGGGUGGGCCAAUGCUCUUCCAUUAUGGUUGAAAGGAUUAUCGGCUAUCACGUUGAAAAGUGUCGGUCGACUUUGCUACAUAGUCAAGUCACUUACCAAGGAAAGCAUGUUUCAUUCUCCAUACAAAUGUGGCAUUAUUAUCUUCAAUGCACAUCAAAUGACCUCAAUAAUCUCCUUCACAAUGACUCACUCUCUCUUCACAUAAUGACUAAAAUCCUCGAGAAAACGCUCAAGACAUUAACUCAACAUUACGUCAAGACGCCCCCAUCAUCUGAAAAGGCUUGCAGGCAAUACCAGGCUGACGUCACUGCUAUCUUGCUGACAGUAUGCAGCCUAUUACCAAUGAUACAGUGUAAAGAAGAAAAAGGCCCUUCUUCUAUAAAUGCUCUGUGCCUCUCUCUCCUUCAUUCCUUGGCACUUUUUGUGUCACCACUCUCUGUUGCUAAAGAGCUAAUAGUGACUAGCAGAAACCAAAGGAGGACUUUGGGGGGACAUAUAAAAUGGCAGGAAUGUCUUCCACUGGAUGCAUUUGGUCUGCAGUCAUUGUAUCAGCAUAAAGAAGAGAACAGUGAAGAAGUAGAGGAUAUGUUAUUAUUAUUAAUAAUGGGGCAUUGUGGUGAUAAGCAUUCACUUUUAUUAAAGUGUUUAUUGCAUGGUGAGAGAUUCAGAAGAUCACUGCUUGCAAUUAAUCCUCAAUCGUUUUCAGCAAUGGCAAAUAUUUUGAUGUAUUUUAAACCAAAUUACUUGUUGGGGCUAUUCAAUGAGCAUGAAAUUAAUAUGACCAGUGAUAGUAAAGUGACCUCUGUUACAUUGUCAUGGCUACGAGAGCAACUAGCCACACCUAUUAACAAUGUCCUUAUUGACUCCGCCUACAAUUAUAUCUUAGCUUCCAUGAGACGUGAUGAGCUAGCAACUCUCUCGGUAAUUAAGAGAUUGUUUGAGAAUCUUCCACUACUUAUUAAAGAUGUCAAUACUGUUGUAUUGCAAGUUUUGAAUCAAUUAAUAAGUGUAAUAGAAGAGGGGACACCAACUUCAAAAGAGUUUAAUGGUUCACAGUUAGUCUUUGGUCAAUUGUUUGAUGGUCUCGUUCAGUUCUCUCAAAAUUUAUCGCCUCCUCUGUCACUGGUUCAUAUUUUAUCUCACUGCAACGUGUUCUUUUUGAUAGUUCAACAAUUCUUUCCUCCCUCUCCUUCUCCAAAAUCUGCUUCUCAGCCUGGUUUAAAUGUUGCCUUAUCACUUAUUAGGAAGUUGGAUUGUUCAUUAAUUACUAGUAAACUCCAGAAAUUUCAUCACUUGUUAACAUCAAAGAGUUCACAAUUGCCAACCAGUGAUCUAAUGGAUUCAAGACUGCCCUCCAUUGCUGCUGAAGCUAUUACCAGUGAUGAUCAAGGUAAAAAGAGCUUUGAAGCUUUAGAAGGACACGUAAUAAACAAUAAAGAGAGACUAAUGAGGGAGUGUCUUGAUGCCUCUGUGUCUCAAUUUGAUGUUGUUAGAUCCUGCACACACUUAAAUGGUAGACCAUUCAUUGACUUGUUUGAAUUAGAAAUGAACUGGGAAGCUGUACUGAAGACCGAGCUACUGCUGAGUCAAAGUAUCUACAAGAGAGUAUUGCUGAGGUGGGAAAUGUCUUCUGAAAGCUUGAGUGAAGAUGAUAAUCAACUUGUAGCUCAAAUAAAAGAGCUCAUAGCAUCAUAAAAAGACAUUCCUUUUUAUAUUUUUUAUAAUAAUAAUAAAAAGAACUAAUAUUAAUCAAAUAUGAGUGGGCGUUGAACUUCAUUAAUUAUUCAGUUGCCAAUGGUUACCAGUUACCACAUAACAAGAUACACUGCACACAGCAAGGAGACAGAAAUGAGUAGAAAGGGUCAGCUCGCCCAGCUACACAGAUUACAAGAAGAUGAGAGGAUCCGGGCACAAGAGGAAGACAUUAAAAG